AUGUCAGCGCAAAACCUACACAAUACGGGCACGAAUGACUCCUUCUAUACGAACGACCACUCGUCGAUGGAAUCGCUACCAGCCGCUGCUAGCAUCGAUCCGAUCGGUCGGUUUUUAAGCUGUUUAUGUUGUUCUUGGCCAGGAAAAAGUGGAAAAAUAGGCUUAACUGGAGCUAACGUGAAGUUAAAUUAGUUUUUGGGUCUAAAAGUUUAUAGCAAAAUAAAAAAACGGUUAAAAAGUUUAUACAAAUGUAAGAUUUUUGUCAGAAAGUGGUUAGAACUGGCAAAAUUAAGAAGAAAAGCAAUUAUUACCACCUUUAGACGCACUGCAAAUUUGGCGCGAAAUUUAAACACGCAUUUUUAAAAGUGCAGAGGCGGAGUCAAAAUUUUGCAUAGUUAAUAGGCAUGUCAUUAAUAAGUUGCAUACAAAUUUUUAGCCAAAUCUAAAAGCCAGAAGGCCCGCAAUUUUAAUUUGAAAUUUUGACCAAGGAGGUGUCUAGUGUAAUAUCGCGUUUUAGUUCUGUUUUGAUUUUUUUUUGAAUUUUAGUUUAGUAAAACAAUCUUCAGGGUAUGUUAGCCCUUUUCGAACGCCUUAUAAUCUGUCGUUUAAGUAAAUCUAGUGCUAAACCGUCAAUUAUAUUACCCAUCAUAGCUCAAGCCCGCCGAAAUUCUAAAACAUAGAAAAACAUUGAAUUUCUUACCACUUCAAACGUCCAUAACCAAAUUCCAAGUUCCAAAAAUAUUUUCCAUAAAUUUGCGAGCCAUCUGACUACUUUAUGACACUCGCAACAACAAUAAGAUCUUUUUUGGGGAUCAAAACAUCUUUUUCGUUGGCUUUGGAGGUCACUUCCUCAAACAAACGGGUGUUCCCGCUUUUUCCUUAUCAAAGCUCGGUUUCCUGCCGUGAUGCUGGUCAUUCGGAAGACGAAUUUGAAUUCAAUUACGUUUUUUUAUCGAAAAUACAAACAAGAACGCUAAAAAAUGACAGGUUUUUUGGAAGGUUUGGUUCAGAAAAUGCGUCAUAUCUAUUGAUUUUUGAAGAAUUAUGUUUGUUUUUUGAUGGAAAUUGAAGAAUACAUUGUUGUAGAUUUUUUUACAUUUUUUCUUACCCGUUAAUUGGGUUUUACAGCUCAAAAAUUAAUUUAUGACCAACAAGUCCAAUUUCAUCUACUAUAACAUCGUUUUUGCUCAAUUCUGGCCGCUUUAAUUAAAUUUUCUUACAGAUUUGCAUCGUUUCGGGUCGGAUCUGCACUACUACAGACGCCGCAUAGAGGCAGGCGUGGAAGAGCAGCGUCGUUACCGGGAAAUGAUCGAAUGGGUUCAGGAUAAGUUGAGAAAUCUUAGACAACACGAAGCCGAAAGCAUUUCACAGCUCAGCAGCCCGAAACUCUCACAACAUCGUCGACAUCGUUCACUGGAAACAUUGGAACGGAUAGAAGACGUGGUGUUUUGUAGACCAUCGACUAGCGGAGGACAGAGGCCAGCAACAGCUGGACAUCGAAGAUACGAGUGGGUUUUUCGAUAUUUUUUAUGUUUUCUUGAUGUUUUAUGGGCUAAAAUAUCUUUGUAUACGCUUAACAAGGUUCUUUUAAGUCUUUCCAAUGUUUUAUAUUUACGUUUUUUAAAACUACACUUCAAAAGACGUCUAAACCAUUAAGAUAUCAGCUUCAAGUCUAGUAUAAUAUAAUUUUGAAGUCAAAACUCGAUGUUUCUCAAAAAUUUUUUGGGUAACAGUUUAUUAUACAGAAUGGAGGAUGAUUUCGAUAAUUUGGAUCCAAAUGGUCGAUUACCAUUGUCAUUUGGCAAAACUUAUCAAGGGAUCAACGAGGAUCAGCGAAGGGAUCUCCAGUAUCAGGAUGCGGUUAGGUUAGUUAUUAUUUUUUGUGGUAAAAUCAUUAUUUUUUGUAUUUAAAUUGUUUUAUGGGUUAACAACUCAAUUUAUUAGGUAGUAUUUUUUGUUUUUUUGAAAUUUCGCUUUUAUUGUGACUGCACGGUGCAAAAAAAUUAAAAAAAUUUGUUUCGAAAUUUUAUUAAAUUUCGAAAAUUUUAGAGACAAAAUUUUUGAAGACGUGAACAAAAUGAUGAGUACACAACUUUGGGAAGUUUUAAGCGCCAAUACCUCACUACAACAUCAGUUAACAGAGCUCAAUGCCACUUUGGCACGUUUACAGACAGAAAAAGCUCAACUGGAGGAUAAAUUAAGGCGAAUUGAACAUGUAAGUGAUUGGAAAUACCAGGGAUUUGUUUUGUGAUGCUUAAGAUGGCAGAGGUUUUGUUUAUAUAAUUUAAAAUGCAAGAACUUUCUUUACAAAAUUUAAAAUUGCAAUAACUUUCUUUACAAAGCAAAAAAUGGCAAAAACUUUCUUUAAAAAACUGAACUCUGAUAAACUAUAAAUUGUGACACUCUCACCCCUUUAUCACUGUUAUACCUCACUUUUAGGGACAUCAAAUCAAGACGCAGUCAGUUAACCUCAAAGUUCGUGAGCUCUUAUUCGAAAUUCAAUCACUUCAGAAAACGGUAAGUUUUAGGUAACAAAAAUACCUAAAACAUGAUCAUAUUAAAAAUAAAUAUAGCUAACAUAUUUUAGAUGAAAUCCCUGAAAGAUGAGACGAAUCGUAUCAAGAAGAGUGGAGUUAUUGAACGAUCUUCUGAAGCCAUCAUUGCUGUGAUCGCUCAAAGCGUCAGAGAGAGGGCUAGCCAACAUGUGGAUGCGGAACAGACCAAGACUGAGGUGCUGAAACAGUACGAAAUGGUAAGGAAUUGAGUUUUUUAGGUUUUUGGGUUUGUUUUUGAUAUUUCUUGGGUCCAUGGAUGUUGUAGUUGGUCUUUUUAUGGUAAAAAGUGUGGUUUUCAUAGACAUUUAUGGGGGUUUUGAAGGAAAAAUUAGUUUUUUAGGUAUAAAAAUGAAUUUUAAAGUAGAAAAAUGUGAGAAUCAUGUGGUAUAAGCUUUAUAAAGGCCAUAUUUAUAUGAAUAUAGAUGCAGUAUUGAGGUGAAAAACCUUUUUAUAACAAUAUCUAAACAUUGAACCUCAUUUUAGAUUGUGCAAAAGAAUGCCGAGUUAGAAAACGAAAAAAUCGAAACAAACAGAAGAUUCCUGUCACUAGAACAACAGCUAAAACAAUUGUCAGAUCAAAAGGAACGAGCAGAAGAUGCCAUCAGACGAAUCAUGAAGCUUCCCAACAUGGCCAAUGGAGAAGGUGACAUUUCUCCAAGAGAUAUUGUUCGAGUAGUCCGAACAACAUUGAAUCGAUUGGAAGAUCAAUGUGAAGCUGCCGAGAACAGGGCCAGUCUGGAGCAAAGAAAGUAUGGAAGUUUGGAGAUCCAACUACAUAGUCUGGUGGCUGAUAAAAAGACGCUGGAGGAUAUUAUUCAUAUUGAAAAGGAACAUAGAAAAAAGUUGUAAGUUUUGAAGUUUCAAAAAUUGAUUUCUUAGUGUUUUUGCCAUUUUGGUCUUUUUAGAAAAAGUUCUUGCUAUUUUGAGGUUUGUAUAGAAAGUUCUUGCAAUUUUAUCUUCUGUAAAGAAAGUUUUUGCCAUUUUAUGUUUUUUAAAGAACGUUCUUUCCAUAUUAUAUUUUGUAAAGAAAGUUUAUGUCAAUUCAUGCUUUGUAAAGAAUGUUCAUGCCGUUUUAUGAGUUUUGCAGCUUGCAAUCGACAAUUUAUACGAUAAAAUAUAUUUUUUUCAGAGAAGAAGACAUUCAACUCAAAGAACAAUCGAUAAAACAAUUGAAAGAACGAUUCACAAGCCUAGAAAAUGAAAAACACAGUCUAAAGACCAACAUCGAUGAUCUGAAUCAGAAGUUGGAGAACACCAGAACCUCAAGCGAACGUCAUGUCAGUGAACUCAGACAACGCUUAGAGACUGAAUGGACGGAACGACAAACUACAAUAACUGAGGAGUUCACAGAAGUCGAGAAACGGGCCGAUGAACGGGUAAACGCUCAAAAACAAAUCACAGAAGAGACACGGGCCGAACUUCAAAAAGUUCAAAUUCAACUGGUCGAUGCCAAUGUGGAGUUGAAUGCUUUAAGACGAGAAAUCCAGCAGCUUCGUAGGUUCUUUUGAAGUACAUAUUUUUAUCGUGGGGGUUUAGGGUAAGGUAGGACAGAGUAGGGUAGGACAAGGUACGGUAGUUUACGGUAGUCUAAUGUAUUAAUUUUCAGAACAAGAAACGAGCACAGCACGAUCAGCCAGUAAAACACACGAAGAGAGGAUUCAAGCCCUAAAGGAAGAAUUAGAGACCAAAGAAUUGACCAUAACUGCGUUGGAUCGAGAAGUUAAUGAACAAAACGAGAUUCUGAAGAAACAUGAAGACAAAAUUGAUCAGGUAGGGUAAUUUUUAAAGGAUUUGUGGUUUAAUAGAGAUUAAAAGGCUUAUAAUGGCAAAAACUUUCUUUUCAAAAAUUUAAGGGGAAAUAACUUUCUUUACAAAACAUAAAAUGCCAAGAACUUUCUUUAAAAAACGAAAUGGCAAGAACUUUCUUUAAAGAGUGUAAAAUGGCAAGAAAUUUCUUUACAAGAAAUAAGAUGGCAAGAACUUUUUUUACAGAAUAUCAAAUAGCAAAAACUUUUUAUAAAAGGAAAUAUUUUAGUUGUCAAGAAGCAAAGCGACAUUGGAAACAGAAAGAGUAGAACUGACUGAAGUUGUGACUCGAAUGAGAACCGAAAUUUUGGAAAUCAAGAAAGUCAACGACGAUGAGGUAUUGAAGUUCAAAGGUAAGGUAGUUUAAUUUUUUUAGCUUUUAAAGUUGUAAUACUGAAAAGUGGCUGGCUCUUUAACUAUGAACUGUUUUAGAACUUUGCAUUAAAUUUCAUUUUCAGCUAAAGCAACAGAAGCUUUUGAUCAAUCGAAACGGAUCGAAGAGCUGGAAAAAGCGCUCGAAGCGGCCAAGAACGAUAAUGAAAAGUACAAAGUCCUUAAUGAAAAGGUAAGAUUAUUCAAUUGUUUUGUCAAAAAAAAAUGAAAAAACAUGAUUUUAAAGUUUAAAAAAAAAGUUUUUAAAGUUAAAAUCUAUGUUAUUUCAGCUGAUAAGCCGGCUAGAUCACACUGAAGCGGAAAACGCUAAAAAGACUAACGAUUUGUCAUUGGCUGAUGACUCGAUUCUGAAUCUAGAAGCACGGUUACAGGACGAAAUGAAGUUGAAUGAGUCUUUGAAAACUGAAAUCCAAUCAUUGAAGACAAGUUUGAGUGAAGAACAGAACAGUGGAAAGGUCUAUAACAGCCGGAUCAUUGAGUUGGAGAAUGAGGUGAGGAGGAGGUUUAAAAUUACUUCUACCAUCGUCUAACACAUGUGCUAUCUUACCCUGCUCAUCCAGGGGCAGGUUAGGUAGGGCAUGUACUGAGCUAGCUAAUAAGUAAACUAAUUUUAAAAAUUUCAGGUAGCUCGCCACGCUGAUGAGAUUGACAUUUUCCAUAGAAAUGAAACAAGCCUAAAGGCAGAGCUGGCCGAAAAGUCCAGGGAAAGGGACGAUGUGGCUGAGGAGCUUCAAGCUGUAGCUGAUCUGUUCUCCAACGUUCAAAGUCAAUUUGAAAAACGAUUGGAAAAGGAAAAGUCAUCGGUUAUAGAGGAGAAAGAUCGAAAGAUUGACGAACUGGAGAAGAAAAUUGAGGCUUUGCAGCAGUUGAAGGUAGGGAAAUUGUUAUUUUUUAGUUUAGGGAUGUUAUUUUGGUAUUUUUGGGGCAUGAUAGUACUGGAAGAAUCAUAUUAUACUAGUUCUAAGGAUUUUAGUAAGGAUUUAUAUCUUUGAGUACUUUAAGUAUUACUGUAGAUUGGGAUAUUAUUAUAGGUUAAUUGAUUGCUUUGGACACUAAUUAUGUUAAUAUAGCUUAACAUUUCGGUGCUUGGCUGGUAGUUAUUAGGCCUAUUUUUAAAUUUUUUAAGUUAUAAUUGAAACUUUAAAUUUUAAGUGUUUGGUUUUUUUAAAAAUUUUAACAUUUUCGAAGAUUGUUAUUUAAUUUUUUUUUUAUUUUUGAAAAUAUUGCUUAAUCUAUGCUUAUCUCGCUUUCUUUGCUUCAGGAACGCCUUUUACUCGAUCUGAACGAACACUCGAUUCAGCUAAAGACAGCCAACGAAACCAUCCAAGAAAAAGAGACCGAGAUAACUACAAUAUCAUCAGAAUUCAACCAAAAGUACAGCUACAUCAAGAAUCUAUAUUCACAAACUAGCAAAGACCUGAACGAAGUGACACAAGCCUUAGAACACGAGAGGAACGAUUAUGAAGACAAGAUUAGUCGAAUGAGAAGAGAAAACGAUGAACAUAGUCAGGAAUGGGCUCAGAAACUAAAGGAUUCUGAAGACAAAAAAGAAAGUAUAGAAGUGCAGCUGGCGGACUACAGAGAGAGGUUCUUGGAUGUGGAGUCGAGGAACAACAAAGCAGCUGAAAUGAUCAACGACCUGAGACACCAGUUGGAUGAUUUGAAGUAGGUUUGGUGAGGGGAUUUUUUAGGUCUAGUGAGGGGUGUUUGUAUUGAUUCUUUAGGUCUGAGGGGUGUUUAUACGAAUCUUUUGUUCAGGUGAAAAAGUCUAAAAAAAAUUUUUGGUUUUUUUUAAUUUUGGGGGGGGUAAGGGUGGUGUAAAAACUUUUUUUUUGCGAGGGCAGGGGAAUACUGUAACUUUUUAGGGAGGAAGUAAAUUGUUUUUAUAGGACUAGUUUUCAUUUUGUUUUUAAAUUUUUUUUUUGGUGGGAGGCGUGGUAAAAAUUUUUGAAAGAGUGAUUUUAAAAUCGUGUAUAAGUGCUCUUUUUUUAUUGUUUGCGUGAAUUUUAAUUUGUUUAAUUGUUUCAGUGAAGAGAAGGUGUCAUUGGAUCGAAUGGUUUCUGUAAGUUUUAAUUUUUUUACUUUAAAAAUAGUGAAAAUCCUGUAUAAAGAACAAAUUUUAAAUCUCUGACUAUUGUUAUGCAGUGCAUUUCAAACUCUUGUUUAGCGAAACCCUUUCAUAACGGACAAAGUUAAAAUAAUAUGAUUUUGAGCUAGAAAUAAAAACUCUUACUAAAACACUUGAUUUUACGUAAACUUUUGUUCCUACUGCAACAUGAGUAGCGCAACUGAAGUACGACAGUUUAAAAAGGCGUGAAGAUGUUUAGUGGAUGAAUUAAAACGCUUUCAAAGAAUUUUAGUAGAAGGUUAUUAGGAAUUGGACGAUUGUUUUUUGAUACGCGUUUGAACUUAUGAUUGUUAAUAUUUAGGAUCUCCGUCGUAUGGAUGAAAUUUCGGACCGACAAAAACGAGAACUGGAAGAUACUGUUCAACGACUGAAGAGGGCUGAAAUGCGUUAUAAUGAAGUUUUGAAUCAGUUGAAGGCCGAGAAAAACGAAAAUCAAGUUUUGGUGGGACGUGUCGGCUUCUUUGAGAGAGUAAAGAUUAUAUUCUUCUUUUAAUAGGCUUAAGAAUAUGUAAUUUUUGGUGAUUUUGUAAGGGUUUUGAUAGGAUAGUUACCUAUGUUAAAGUUGAAAAAUCAGACGAAACCCAAUUUUCGAGAGAAAUUUUUUGUUUUUAAGCGAGUAAACUAUUAUUUUUAAGCUACUGAAUUCAAAUUUUUCAGAAAGAAAGAGAACUACAACAUGAACUGAGUGAUUGUCGGACGGUAAACGACCGCUUACUGGUCGAAAAGGUCGACCAACAACGAGAAAUCGAGGAGCUGAAGAAGAAGAAAGGUGAAUAUUAUGCAGAACUGAGCGAGUACAAAACUCAACUGCAUAAGUUGAGGUUGGAGCUGGAUUCAGUGAUUCAUAAGAAAGAAAGUGUAAGUUUAUAUUAAUUUAUGGAACUCAGAGCGUUAAAUUUAGUUGAUUUAGAGGGUUUUUAAUGUUAUUUUAGCUUUUGAAAUGAUGUUGUUAUUGGUCAAAAAGUCAAAGCAAAUUUUUUUGGCUAGGGGCGCGGAAUUAUUUGAACAACGUAAUAUUUAACUCUAUAUUGUAGUAGACUUUAAUUGAUAUCUAAACCACUUUGUUCUAGAUCGAAGAAGAGUUGAGACGCAAAGACGCCGCCUUCCGAGAACUUUUGGCCGAAAAAGGCAACAUCGCCCUCGCCCUGAACCAACAAGAACGCGAAAUGGCCAACUGGAAGUCGAGUUGUGAAGCGUUGGAACGCAAAAUGAACGAUCUCCUCGACGACAACACCAAAAAGACUCAAGCACGCCGGAAAGAGGAACAAGAACGCCAGAUUCAGAAGGCUGUGCGACAAAAAGAAGAUCAAAUGACAAAGCUACACGACCGUGCCAUUCAAUCCCUACUGAUAAGGGUCAAAGAGCUGGAAAAGUACUCGAACGAAGUGAAGGAAGAACUAUAUACAGUACGAGCGGACAGAGCACAGUUGUUGAUACGGGUACAGAGACUCCAACACGAUCAGGCGUCGAGAGAUCAAGUCGCCUUAUCAAGAGCCGGAUCAAAGGACUCAUUGCCACGAGGUUCACCGCCAGAACAAAGAGCUGUGGUCAGACAGACCUAUACGAGGAGUGAACGAAGUACUACAAUAUCGAGAAGCACGGUGGACAGUCAGCAAAGCCCAACAACGCCGGUGAGAAGGCCUCAGAAGUUCUUUUGA